GAAUGCUGUCAGUGUGAAAACCGAGGAUGAAAACGCCAUGCGAAAUGGGAGGAGGAUCGAUCGACAAAAACCGUGUCGUUGAUGAUUAUCGUCUCAAAAGAAAAAAAAAGGGAGGAGUGCACGUUGUACUGUCGGGUGGAGACGCGAGAGUUUCAUGAAGGCGUGAGCCGGUCGUUUCGGGUUUAUUUUGGAAUCUCAGCCGCUCGCCGCUAGAAUUGGAAAAAGGUAGGCGGAGUAGAAAAAGACAGAAGGGAGUAGUGGUUACUGUUUGUCUUGAGUGAGCGCAAAAGAUAAGAAAAAGAAGGAGGAAACAAAAACAGAAUGAGAAGCGCGCAUUAUAUACUAGCGAAGAGCAUUGACUUUCUUUUCACAUAAAAAAGGAGACGAAAACAAUCAGGUCCAACUAGAGACAGACAGCGAGAGAGAGAUUGUCGGCUAUAACUUUCUCUCUUGUUUAGUGUGACAUUAUUGGACUUGUAUUGUGACACGUUGAGUGAUCAAGUGGUAGAGUGAUGAUGACGAUUGUCUUGUAAUGCCCCAGGUCCUUCAAUCAAGUCCAUUCAAACGGUAUUGAGGAAUUGCGCACGCUCCCGUCAGCAGUCCCGUUCCAGCAGCAGCGCAGCAUGAGCGUCAGCAUGACCAAAGAGCAACAGCAGCAGCAGUCUGGCAUUGAAUGGAGUCCGCUCCAGGUGGCCAGCAGCACACGGCUCGGACUGGUACCACAGAUGGCGCGACCAUUGCUCAUCCAGAGCCACCACGGUGGUGGUGGCAACACCAGCAGUAAUAACAGUAGUCACAGUGAUAUUCGGCCUCUGCUAAAACAGCAAAUGUUGCCACCCGAACUACCGUUAAGAAGGGGCGGAUCCGUCGACCGGGUUCUGCUACCCACCGACAACUACAAUACAAACACAACAAAGUCGUCAAAUAGCGAAAGCGGGAGCUCUUUAAUUGCGGCCAACACGGUCGCUUUCAAAGUGUACGGACCCAAUUCCAGCCAAGGAUUUAACAUGGUCAAAUGUCUGGAUUCAUCCACAGUUGAAGAAGCCAUCGCUAUGGUGACGGAACCACUGGCAGUCCGUCCUCGUGCUUAUCAGGCACUUUACGGCUUACGAAUAGUCGAGUCAGCCAACCCUCGGGGCCCUCAUUAUUGGUUGGAUAAUAGUUCCACACUGUCACAGGUGCAAGAGCGUUUCGCGUUGGCGAUGAUUGGCGCUGUCGACAGCAAAUGGCGUGUCGAAUUGCGAAUACGGUGCGUGCCCAAAGACUUGCACGAACUUUAUGAAAAAGACAAGUCCACAUUUCUCUUUUAUUACGAUCAAACUCGCUUCGAUUAUUUGAGCCAUGGAUCUCUGACAGUCGAGCCGGAGGUUGCAGUACACUUGUGUUGCUUGGAGAUUCGACGAGUUUUCAAGGACUUGUCGCCAUCGGCCUUAGAGAAACGCUCUAGUUUAGAAAAUCUGGAAAAGGAAUUUGGAUUACGCAGCCUCUUACCCGAAUGCAUCAUCACCAGUAUCAAAUCUAAAAACCUGAAGAAGAUGAUCCAACAACAAAUCAAGAAGUGCGUUGCAUUUGCUGAAUCGGCCUGCAUGUUCAAAUUCCUCGAUCUUCUGCGCACAGUCUACCGCUACGAUCGAGAAAAGUUCCAGUGCGAUUUGGGGACGGGUUGGUCCAUUCCAGUUGAACUAAUUAUCGGCCCCGAUGUCGGCAUCUCCUACACUGCUAGUCAAGCAGGCAGUCAGUUGAUUUUGGUGGCGGAUUUUAGUCACGUGGCUCAGGUGGAGACCCUGAUGUCAGCCGACUGUGAAAGCCACAAUGUACAGCGUAUGGUUGGUGGACUCAGUAAUAACAAAGCCGUCGUGCAUAUCAAAGUUGCCGGCUCACAGGAGCCAUUGCUCAUAACCUGCACUUCAAUUGAAACGGCCGAAAACAUUGCUGAUCUUGUAGAUCGUUAUUGCCGUUUGGUCAACGGUACCAACCUCUCGUUGUGGAACAAACGAGAUCUAGUCAAUCGCUCACGACCAGGAUCAAGGAUAAGCGCGACGAAUUCAAGAAACACGAGCAGAAAUGGUAGCCCUGCACCAAUGGGACCGGGGCAUCGGAGUCGAGUGGCCGGAGAUCCAGACAAUGAAAAAUUCGAUUAUGCAGAAUUGAUCGAUGAUGACGGCGAUUAUUCCACUCCUUCUGUUCCUAAUUACGAGCUGUCGCGAAAUUCAAUCGAUCUACAAGAAAUUAUUGGCUACGGUCAUUUCGGUGACGUCCACCGGGGUUUCUUUCGCAUCGGUGGUGGUGAUCCUACUCUUGUUGCUGUCAAAACAUGCAAAGAUCAAACUAUGGCUGAUAAAUUUCUCAAAGAAGCUAACAUAAUGCAACAAUUUGAUCAUCCAAACAUCAUUCGAUUGAUUGGCGUCUGCUCUCAGGCGCCCGUCUGGAUCGUCAUGGAGUUGGCGAAAUACGGUGAAAUGAGGGCUUACCUACAGAAGAAUCAGGCCCGCUUAGAACUGGAUUUGGCUACUUUAGUCUUAUUCGCCUAUCAACUCAGUACGGCGCUCUCUUACCUUGAAUCGAAAAAUUUCGUCCACAGAGACAUAGCGGCGCGUAAUAUUUUGGUAUCUGCCGACGACUGUGUUAAGUUAGCUGAUUUCGGGUUAAGUCGUUGGGUGGAAGAAUCCAGCUAUUAUAAGGCGUCCAAAGGAGUACUACCAAUCAAAUGGAUGGCUCCCGAAUCCAUCAACUUUCGGCGUUUCACAACGGCCAGUGAUGUUUGGAUGUUUGGUGUUUGCAUGUGGGAGAUCUUUAUGCUGGGAGUCAAGCCAUUCCAAGGGAUCAAAAACAGUGAAGUCAUCGGCCGGAUAGAAAAUGGUGAACGCCUCCCUCUGCCAGUUAUCUGCCCACCCAAUCUUUACAGCCUGAUGCUCAAAUGUUGGUCUUAUGAGCCAUCCAAGCGUCCGUGUUUCCGGGAAAUCAAAGAGACACUCAAUGAAAUUCUCAUGGAAGAGCGACGAGAACGAGACGAGUCAAUGUGGCGAGAGAACCGACGAGUGCAUGCCGUUUCAUGGGGUUCCAACGGUUCCGGAGGCAAUGGAGAAGACCUUCCUCCACCUAAACCUUCCCGAGUACCAGCGACGUACGUCAGCGUUCCUCGAAAUGCUGGAAACUUCGUGCCACCUGGCGCCAACGAUCAUCUUCUUCCGGGACCGACGACCUACCUAGUGGCGCCCAACAGUGAAGUGUUGGCUCAGUUGAUGCGCGACAACGAGAGCCGCGCCGAUGCCGGGAUGUACACUGCCCCAGCCUCAGCCUUCAAUACGUUCACGGUAGAGUUUAGCCAUGCCAGUUCGUCCUCCAAUCCCGCUUCCCCACAGCAUAAAUCCAAGACAAAGGGUCGCAAGCAGCAACAUCAACCAGUUUACGCCAACAUCAUGACAUCCGACUCGACGGCAGCAGCCAUUGGUGGCCCAACUCCAUUUAAUGAAUCUAAGGAACCAGUAAGCGACCAAUUGGAACAGGAAAGACGGAUGCUCGAGUGGAAGCUGCGUCAACAGCAGCGGCAAUCAGAAGAGGAUAGUCGUUGGCUGGCUGAAGAGGAGAGUCACUUGAGAAAGAGGUUGUCUGUUACGGCUAGUUUGUCCGAUCGAUCGGACUCGGAUUCAAUGGAUGGGGCAAAUGCUUACCAAAAAGAUAGGUCAACACCUAUACAGGGCACUCAAGCGGACGAGCGGCUUGUGGUGGUGAAGAAAUUGGAGCCUACUCCGACGGCCCGUCUUGACCGAACACAUGACAAAGUGUAUGAUGCCACCACUUGCGUGGUUAAAGCUGUCAUGUCGCUCUCUGAUGGAGUUAAACAAGCCAAGAUCAACAACUACGUUGACCUUGUGAAAAUGGUCGGUUUGGAGUUGCGGACGCUUCUAACAAGUGUAGAUCAGCUGGUACCACACUUCCCUCCCAGCACCCAUCGUGAGGUUGAAAUGGCGCACAAGGUGCUUAGCAAAGACAUGGCCGAAUUGGUGAGUGCCCUCAAAUUAGCGGAAAGAUACAGCAACACAACCUUGGAUAACGAGUAUCGCAAGGGAAUGCUGUCUGCGGGCCACAUAUUGGCUAUGGACGCAAAAAAUCUAUUGGAUGUUGUGGAUCAUGUGCGUAUUAAACAUCCUCACGUCAACGUUUUUUUCAGUGCUCCCAAUCGAUCGCAGGAUUCUUCUGGUGUUACAGCUGCGGCUAACAUUUCCUAGCAAACUAGCUCAUCGCGAGAGCAAAAUUCGCCCUCCGUGUUUCCAAAAAAACAAAAAACAAAAAAAUGAUUUAUAUUUAUUUUCAUUUUUUUUUUAUCAUAUUGCUUCUUACGGCGAUUAGUAUUCAUCUGCUGUGUUGCGUAUACCGAAAUUCCAAAUUGAUAGCAUAUACAACAAAUGACUCGGUUUGCGCGAUGUUUUGCGGAUCGCUUCAACUCCGAUUAUAUGUAAGAGUCCAUGGCUACACACACACGCGCUGUUUUGUUGUAAAGUAGAUUCGUGUUGCCCGAUUCUUCGAGAGACCCCCACUAGUCUUGACUUUUGUUUCCUUCAUGAAUGAAAACCUUGGUUCCGACGCAAAGAUCCUACUACUUGUACUACUAAGUAUUCAGCACCAAUGUUGAAUGGAGCACAGUAAGUUUACAAGAUACAAUGAUCAUAGUAUUAAUGUCAUUUUCGAUCGAUUGUAUUCAGUGUGUUUUCCUGAUUCGCCGAAGAUUCUGCUCUUCUCACUUCUUUCUUUGAUGUCGUAUCUUUCGUUUGCUGUCUCCGGCGCCCUCCUACUAUGACAUUUCUAAGUACACCAGGUCAAGUUAAACACCAAAUGCAGCAGUACCUUUCGCUAGCAGCCGUCAAAAAGUUACGGACACCAUUCAAAGGCAAUCUCUUGUACACCAAUGAUAUCCGGUUUAGGAGGGAAAAAAUAAGUUCACGAAUGAUGAUUGAUGAAAACAGCAAGCUGUAAUGUGUUAACAUUAAUUGCGUGUUCACGUUAAUUUUCCAAAAUUGAGUGUAUCAUCUUGUCUUUCACCGUUCCGCUACGCAUUGAUUUAAUACAUGACUUCCACAGA